AAGUGCAUGCAUGUUGUUGUUGGAAUGUGUUAACAAAGGUGAAGUAGAACAACCUUGUUUUUUUUUUAUAUUUACAGAUGGACGACACUUCGGAAGUAUGCGUGGACGACGCAUUCGAGUCAUUAAAGGAAUGGACCUUCAAGGAGAUGGGGAGUAUGAAAAAACAGUUAGAAGAAUGUGAGAAAAAUCUCAGGGAAUGCAGAGGAGAGAUGACCGAAAUCAGGGGCCAAAUGGUCCAAAUGAACCAACAACUAGCGCAGGUGGUCAACGAUACCAAGGAGAGAAUGACUGGCAACACGGUCCGGAAAGAAGUGCUCAAACUCCUGGAUAACCUGAAGGAUAUGAUCAACGCCCAGCUGGGGAAAGGGGGGGAUCACCCGGCGGCCAUGCAGCCUCCACAAGAAACAGUCACAGUCGUUGAAGGGGUCUACGACUUGGAUCCCGAGUGGCAGGAGCGCCUGGAGCCGUUCGUGACCAGAGUCAAACAGACUGAUCUCAUGAAUGAGGUCCAGCUAGCAUUCUUUCAUUGGUUCGUAAAGGUAAAGGCUAAGGGGGGGAACGCGACUGUAGACCUGUGUCGUGAGAUGGCGGCACUUGGUGCUAAACUACGGCUUUGGCCCAGUGCAACAUGGGUACCGGAAAACUGUUUGUCCAGUGACCUUGCUACUUACCUGAGAACAAAGUGGAAGAAUACAACAACUGCAAACAAGAGGAGGAGCCUCACCACCCUGAAAAGAAAAAGCCUAGACCUCACAGAGCAAUAUGCUGCCUUCUUGACAAAAACCCCUGGUACCUGGACCAAGCCAAGGGGGGGAAGACCCAUUCAACGUCUCCUCGGCCGAUGA